AUGAAGACCACUUGGAAGGACAUACCCCCGGUGCCGACGUCUCAGGAGUUCCUGGACAUUGUGCUCAGCCGAACGCAGCGCCGACUGCCGACCCAGAUCCGUGCCGGAUUCAAAAUCAGCCGUAUCAGAGGUUUCUACACGCGCAAGGUCAAAUUCACACAGGAGACCUUCUCCGAAAAGUUCGAGGCCAUCCUCUCGUCGUUUCCCCGGAUUCUCGACCUGCACCCUUUCCACAAGGACCUUCUUAACACCCUCUACGAUGCCGACCACUUUAAGGUUGCCCUCGGUCAGGUCUCGACCGCGAAGCAUUUGAUUGAGACCAUCUCGAGAGACUACGUCCGUCUGCUCAAGUAUGGCCAGUCGCUGUACCAAUGCAGACAGUUGAAGGUGGCCGCUUUGGGUCGUAUGGCGACCAUCUGCAAGAAAUUGAAGGACUCUCUGGUCUACUUGGACCAGGUCCGCCAACAUCUCGGUCGUCUCCCUUCUAUCGACCCCACCACACGUACGCUUCUUAUCGCUGGCUUUCCCAACGUCGGAAAGUCUUCUUUCCUCAAGAGCGUGACAAGGGCGGAUGUAGAUGUCCAGCCUUAUGCGUUCACGACCAAGAGCCUGUUCGUGGGCCAUCUCGAUUACAAGUACCUCAAAUUCCAAGUCAUUGAUACCCCUGGAAUUCUGGAUCACCCCCUGGAUGAGAUGAACACUAUCGAGAUGCAGAGUAUCACGGCCAUUGCGCACUUGCGCUCAGUGAUUCUCUACUUCAUGGACCUGUCGGAGCAGUGCGGAUACACUGUCCAGGCCCAAAUGCAACUCUUUAGGAGUAUCAAGCCACUUUUUGCAAACAAGAUUGUUUUCAUUGUCGUCAACAAGAUCGACGUGAUGAAGCCUGAGGACCUUGAUGCCAAGCUGCAGGAAGAGCUCCAAGCUCUGCUCAAGUCUGAUGGUGUUGAGAUGCUGCAGCUGUCAUGCAAUACUCAGGAGGGAGUUCAGGCAGUCAAGAAUGCGGCAUGUGAGAAGCUGAUUGCCGAAAGAGUGGCACAGAAGCUGAAGGCGGGUACAACUUCCAGCGGUGCUGCGGGAGGCCGUCUUGCCGAUGUCAUGGCAAGAAUCCAUGUGGCCCAGCCCAUGGGUGGCUCGCAACUUGAGACCUUCGUUCCUGAGGGUAUCAAGCAACUGAAGAAGUACGAUAAGGCGGACCCAGAAAGGAGGCUGUUGGCCCGUGACAUUGAGGAGAUGAACGGCGGUGCUGGUGUCUUCAAUGUGGACCUUCGAGAGAAGUGGAUCCUGGAGAACCCGGAAUGGAAGUACGACAAGAUUCCCGAGGUCUUCGAUGGCAAGAACGUUUACGACUACGUCGACCCAGACAUCGAGGCCAAGCUGGCAGCGUUGGAGGCCGAGGAGGAGAAGCUCGAGGCCGAGGGUUACUACAACUCGGACGAGGAGAUCGUCGACGACGAGGAGGAAGAGGUCAUGGCCAAGGCAGAGCUCAUCCGCGAGAAACAGUCAAUGAUCCGCAACGAGGCCAAGAUGAAGAAAUCUCUCAAGAACAGGGCGAUAAUACCACGCAAGGCCACCAAGAAGUCUCUGGUGCAAAUGGAGGACGCCCUGGACCAACUUGGUGUCGAUACUACGGAUAUCACUGCCCGUGCCCGCGCCCAGUCUCGUCCCAGAGGCCGGUCGUUGACCCGCAGCCGUAUGGGCACUGAGGAUGUUGAUUCCAUGGACAUUGACGGCCGUGCAGAGACUCUUCGCGAGCGUCUGCGGUCCAAGAGCAGAGCCCGCAGCCAGCCGGCGACAGACCGCAGGAACGAUGGUGUUGCGGACGAGUCGGUGCGAACUGCUGCCGAAAGACAAGCCAAGCUUUCACAGCGCAAGAUGAACAGAAUGGCAAGGCAAGGAGAGGCCGACAGGCAUGCCACGGCAUCCAUUGCCAAGCAUUUGUUUUCUGGAAAGCGCGGUAUGGGCAAGACCCAGCGCCGUUAA